AUGGCGCACCAGUCGCCCAUGAUAUCGAUACCCAAGAAGGCGACAGAAGAGGUGGAUUGGACGACACCCAUUCGCAACCUGAUCGCCCAGUCUUAUGGCGAGAAUCCGGACAAUUACUCGACGGAGUGCUAUAACCUGCAGCGGUGUAGACAAGAUGCUGUCAGAGGCGCGGGGAGUGAUAUGACGGCUAGGGACCUGCUCUACAAGUACUUUGGUCAGCUAGAGCUCCUCGAGCUGCGCUUCUCCGAGAUUCGGGUCACCUUCCCUUGGCACGACGCAUUCACGAACAAGUUGAUCACUCAAACGUCCAUCGCUUACGAGAAGGCGUCGAUCAUCUUCCAGAUAGCGGCCACCCAUUCUGCGAUCGCUGCGAGCCAAAAUAGGUCAGACCCGGAGGGCCUCAAGCGCUCAUUCUACUACUUCCGGACGUGUGCAGGCAUGCUCACGUACAUCAACGACAACUUCCUGCACGCGCCGUCAACGGACCUGAGCCGAGAGGUGAUCAAGUUCCUCGCGGGGAUCAUCCUGGCACAGGCGACGGAGGUGUUUUUUGAGAAAUGCAGGGACGAGAAGAAGGGUAACGCGCUCGUGUCCAAAGUGGCAUCACAGACGGCAUACCUGUACAUGACGCUCGCGGAGGAAGUGAAGGACUUUAUGGGCAAGGGUAUCCUUGACCGCAAUUGGGUGACGAUCAUUCAGAUCAAGUCCCAGUACUUUACAUCCGUCGCACACUACUUCCGCGCGCUUGCGGACGACGCCGCGGGCAAGCACGGCGAUGCCCUAGUCCGGUUCGGCGUCGCGGAGAAGGCGGCCAAGGAGGCGCAGCGCACGGCGUCUUCGUUCGCGGCGAUCUUCGUCACGCAGAUGUCGCCGAACCUGCCCGCAGACGCGGGAUCGUCCAUCUCGGAGCUAACGAAGGCGCACCUCGCGCUGUGCACGGACCGCAAGACGGAGGCGCAGAAAGCGAACGACCUGAUCUACAACGCGGUUUUACCUGCGGCGGAGACGUUGCCGGUGAUUGAGAAGGCGGUGGUGGCGACGCCGAUCCCGAUCCAGGAUGUUUACGGCACGCCUGAGGUGCAGAAGGUGAUCGGCCAGGAUCUGUUCGUGCGCCUGAUCCCGCUCAGCGUACACGAGAGCGCGAGCGUGUACUCGGAAGAGAAGGCGAAGCUGGUGCGGGCCGAGGUGGAGAACGCGGAGAGCGCGGAAGUCGAGGCGCGGAGCGCGCUGGAGGCGAUGGGCGUGAAGGAGGGCCUGGUGCGCUUUAGGGCGAUGGCCGAGGGCGGCGUCGACGGAGAGGAGGUCCCGGUCGAGGUCCGCCGCUGGCGAGAGGACAUCGCGCUCGUGGAGGAGCGUGAAGGCGUGGAGGGACUCAUCGCUGAGCUGAACCGACUCAAGGCGGGCGUGCGCGCGAACCUGGACGGCGUGUCGCGCGAACUGGAGCUCGAGACGAAGGAGUGCGAAGCGAUGCGGGUUCGAUACGACCAUUUGUGGACGCAGGCACCGUCGGCCGGCUUCACCAAGCAGCUGAGGCAGGACUUGAAGGCGCACCUGCAGGCGCUAGACGCGGCGGCGGCGUCGGACCUGCAGGUUCUUGCACUGUGGGGCGCGGUGAGGGACGACAUCGGAUUGCUGAUGUCGCCGCAGCUCGAGGAGGUGUUUAGGGCGAGCACACGCGGCGGCGCGGGAGAGGAGAGCCUUUUGGAUCUAGAUGUCGGGAGCGACGCGACAGAUGCAGCAGAGCAAGCGAAGGUGGGACAGUACGUGGACGAGAUCGAGGAGCGGCUCGGGCGGCUGAAUAAGAUCGCCCGAGAACGGAAUGAGGUGCUGAAGGAUCUCAAAGAAAAGAUACAAACGGACGACGUGUCCCAUCUGCUGCUGCUGAAUCGGCGUAAUUCGGGCGUGGAGCCGACGCUGUUCGCGGCGGAGCUGGAAAAGUUCAAGCCGUACCAGCAGCGGCUGGCGGCGACGGUGCAGGCACAGGAGGUGGCGCUGCAGGAGGUGGGCGAGCUGUGGAAGGCGCUGAAAGACCUCGCGGGCAGGGGACCAGGGGCGCGCAAGUGGGAGGAGCGCGAGCGGCGGAAGAAGGACACCGUUCGGCGGUUCUCGAGGGCGAGGGAUGGGUACAUGGAGGUACGGGACGGGCUUGCGAAAGGACUGCAGUUUUAUCAGGAGCUCACGGAGCUGAGUGCGGCUUUGAGAAGAAAUGCGCAGUCGUUCGCGAAGGAGCGCGCGGUGGAGAGGGAGACGCUGGUCGGGCGCGCCGAGGCGCAGAAGAGGUUGGCGCCAUCCGCACCACCCGCGCCGGAACGACCACCACCGCCACCUUCGUCUAGCGCCGCGUCGUCGUCCGUCGCAAGCCUCGGCUCGUCCUUUGCGAGCAUGAGCAUGGGCGCAACGUCGCCGCCAGCGCUGCCUCCCGCGCCGCCUGCGCACUCUGGAUGGAACUCGUAUUCGAUGCCGCCGCCGCCCUCGAGGAGCGAGUACGCGCCUACGCCGCCACAGGGCUCGCAGCUGCCACCGCCGCCUCCGAGGCCCCCUGCGUCGUUUUCGCCACCACCUGGGGGACAGGAUCCGUACGCGGGGCUGGCGAACUUUGGAGCGUUCGACUCACCGCCGCCCGCGCCGCGUUCUGCACCGCCUCAGCAGUACGGGACACAGCAGCCACCUCAACAGCAGCACUACGGGGCUCAGCAGCCGCCCCAACAACAAUACAACUCUCAGCAGCCGCCCCAGCAGCAAUACGACCCUCAGCAGCCGCCUCAACAGCAAUACAACCCGCAGCAACCACCUCAACAACACUACAACCCUCAGUCUCAGCAGCAUUACAACGCUCAGCAACCGCCUUUGACUUAUCGACAGAACACGGGCGGCUUCCCACCACCGCCGCCACCGCCUUCGCAGUAUCAGUAUCAGUACCAGACGCAGCCGCCGCCGCUACAGCAGGGUCAGUCGGCGGGAUUCCUGCCUCCGCCUUCCGCGCCGGUGGGGUACCAGGGGACGGGGUACGGGUACGGACAAUCAGACGCCAAUGGACAGGGUGGAGGAUAUUACGGGGGCUACGGCAGGUAA